CACGAAUCAAUGGUUCCAUCACUUUGGCAACACGGAUCGGGUGAACUUCCGCAGCAUGGACCGGAAGGAUCCAUACAGCACGGAUCGUUUGGAUUUUGACAGCACGAAUCAAUGGUUCCAUCACUUUGGCAACACGGAUCGGCACGAAUCAAUGGUUCCAUCACUUUGGCAACACGGAUCGGGUGAACUUCCACAGCAUGGACCGGUUGGAUCUAUACAGCACGGAUCGUUUGGAUUGAAACAGCACGUAUCGCCUGGAAAACAACACGAGACUGUGCCGUUUGUAUCUACAAACGCAACACCGGGGCAAGUUGGUCUAUAA